GCGGGAGGGCGACGCUGUGCGGGAGGAGCGCGCGGAGCGAUGUCGCGAUCCGAGGAGGAGGAGAGCGGCGGCGGCGCGAGGGCGACCCGGACCGGGAGCGGCACCGGGAGCGGCACCAGGCCCAGGGCCCCCCCGGCCACCGGCGUCCUCACUCCCGGCAGCUACACCAGCAACAGCGACCCCGAGACCUGGCGGGAAGGCGACUGUGAUCGUCAGCGAGAGCAGAGUGUGUGUCUGGCUGACGUGAACCCAUACAUCCUCUGUCCAAUCUGUGGAGGUUACUUCAUUGAUGCAACUACCAUCACGGAAUGCUUACACACAUUCUGUAAGAGCUGCAUUGUGAAACACUUUGACUACAGCAAUCGGUGCCCGAAGUGCAACCUAACUGUGCACCAGACAUGGCCGCUCUAUAACAUCAGGUUAGACAGAAAAUUACAGGAUAUAGUUUACAAGCUGGUACCCAACCUGGAGAGCAGUGAGAAGAAACGGCUGCUGGAUUUCUACCGAGAAAGGGGACUGGAGGUGCCUAGACCUGUGCUGGUGCUGCCUGACAAGGGGAAGAUGAGGAGGGCUCAGUCUCAGUCGCUCAGUAAGAAGCUGGUGCCGGUGCUGCCGCUGGAGGACGUGGCGUCUGACUUGGACAUCUGCCUGGUGCUGGAGUUCAUCGGAGCUGACCUGGGAGUUGGAAAUUACAAGCCGCUGCAGAAGAAGUUUGUGCGAGUGUCUGGAGAGGCCACGGUGCGACACGUGGAGAAGUUCAUCCGGAAGAAGCUGGAAUUGGAGCCAGUCUGUCAGGUGGACAUCAUCUGUGGGAACAAAAUCCUGGAGCAACACGAGACAUUGAGGCACAUCAGGAGCAACGUGGCCCACAGCAGCAUUAGGGAUGGUUUGCUUAUCCUGCAUUAUGGACUGGUGCGAGCCCACAAGUGACCGCUCACCAGGAGAUAGAAUGGAGAGCAUUGGGCCUGUCCUGCAGCUAACUGCACGGAGUGGGACACCUUGUUGCUGGCGUUCUCCUCUCCGAGCUGGAGCUCGUUCUCUGAGGUAACUGCACACUGCUUUAGCCUGAGCUCUGCACAUGGGAGGCUGAAUAUCGCUUGUGCUCAGCCAUUUUGCACUUGUGUGUGUGGCAUUGUAACACUUCAGGUACAUGGAUUAAGUGUAUUCUCUGCCCCACUCCAUGCUCUCUUCCUGUCCUGUACAUUGUUAAGCGGCUGACAGUGAGUCCUGCUGACCUUCAAUUGUACUGUAGGUAAUGCAAACUAUUUGUGUACUAAACACUAUGAGCUGUAACCUCUUCUGGACCUGGAGAACCAUCCUGGAGUCACUGAUCACAUUGUCACUAACCGGCUGUGAUACCACUUCCUGUCACUGAUCAGCUCCGCCAGUGCCUGACGGAGCUAAUGCUCAGACCUAUUGCCUUUGCUAGUUUUCUACACUGUUCGGGAGACUUUAUAAAACAUAAUUUUUCACAAGUUUGUAAAAUUCUUUGAUUAACUAAAAAAGCCAUUGUUUUGUUAACUGUACAAAAUAUGAAAGUAAAGUUUUAUUUUGAAGGAAAA